UCUUAAACCAUCCUGACAAAGGGAAAGAGGGAAAAAUACAUUUCCUGUGAGGCGUUGGGGCUAGAACAGCUGGAGGUGGACGGCAGAGUGCCGCGACGACUGACAGGAGUUGUAGUUCUCUGCGGCCUCGUCACUGCGGCGUCGCCCACCCGCCUUCCCCCCGGCAGCCCGCGGUUUCCUUUGUGGACGUGGCGAGGGGCGCCCGCGGCCCUCCCGGCACUCGUUGUCCCCGCCCAGUGAGUCGCUCGUGCAAGCUCAUUGGGCGGGGGCGGGGCUCUGCGCAGCCAGAGGUGGGGCCUGACUGGAGAGCGGCGGAAUUGGGCACAUUUGCGGGAACGCAGAGCAGAGCGUGGAGAGCGGAGCGAAGCUGGAUGACUGGGUCUGGGACCCCCCUGAGACUCCGUCAGAAGAUUCGGUCCCCCCAUAGGUGGCUUUACCUCUAAGCAUCACGCCCUCUUUUCCCCCAUCGCCCGGCCUUUUUGAGCCCCAAAGUUUGUAGCCAACUUCCAUCUCCCUGUCCUGUCCUAGGGACCGAUGAUGUGGCGAGCAUCGCUUCUGCUGCUUCUGUUGCUACUGAGGCACGGGGCCCAGGGGAAACCGUCCCCAGACGCAGGCCCUCAUGGCCAGGGGAGGGUGCACCAGGCGGCCCCCCUGAGCGACGCCCCCCAUGAUGACUCCCACGGGAACUUCCAGUACGACCAUGAGGCUUUCCUGGGACGGGAAGUGGCCAAGGAAUUCGACCAACUCACCCCAGAGGAAAGCCAGGCCCGUCUGGGGCGGAUCGUGGAUCGCAUGGACCGCGCGGGGGACGGCGACGGCUGGGUAUCGCUGGCCGAGCUUCGCGCGUGGAUCGCGCACACGCAGCAGCGGCACAUACGGGACUCGGUGAGCGCGGCCUGGGACACGUACGACACGGACCGCGACGGGCGUGUGGGUUGGGAGGAGCUGCGCAACGCCACCUAUGGCCACUACGCGCCCGGUGAAGAAUUCCAUGACGUGGAGGACGCAGAGACCUACAAAAAGAUGCUGGCUCGGGACGAGCGGCGUUUCCGGGUGGCCGACCAGGAUGGGGACUCGAUGGCCACUCGGGAGGAGCUGACGGCCUUCCUGCACCCUGAGGAGUUCCCUCACAUGAGGGACAUCGUGAUUGCUGAAACCCUGGAGGACCUGGACAGAAACAAAGAUGGCUAUGUCCAGGUGGAGGAGUACAUUGCGGAUCUGUACUCAGCCGAGCCUGGGGAGGAGGAGCCGGCGUGGGUGCAGACGGAGAGGCAGCAGUUCCGGGACUUCCGGGAUCUGAACAAGGACGGGCACCUGGAUGGGAGUGAAGUGGGCCACUGGGUGCUGCCCCCGGCCCAGGACCAGCCCCUGGUGGAAGCCAAUCACCUCCUGCACGAGAGCGACAUGGACAAGGACGGGCGGCUGAGCAAAGCGGAGAUCCUGGGUAAUUGGAACAUGUUUGUGGGCAGUCAGGCCACCAACUAUGGCGAGGACCUGACCCGGCACCACGAUGAGCUGUGAGCUCCGUGCACCUGCCACGGCCUCAGGGGCCCAGCACAGUGACCCGAGCCCCGUGCACCUGCCACAGCCUCAGGGCCCCACACAGUGACCCAAGGAGGGGCCGCCGUGGUCUAGCCCCCUCCCUGUCCAGGCCCCGCAGGAGGCAGAUGCAGUCCCUGGCAUCCUCCUGCUCAUGGGCUCUCAGGAACCCCCUGGGUCAGCUUCUGUCCCUGUCAUACCCCCAGCCCCAGGGAGGGGCCGUCACAGUCCCAGAGGAUAAGCAACACCUAUUUCUGACUGAGUCUCCCAGCCCAGACCCAGGGACCCUGGCCCCAAGCUCAGCCUCUAAAAUCCGCCACCAACCCCUCCAGCUCCAAAUCUGAGCCUCCACCACACAGACUGAAGCUCCCCUGGCCCCAGCUCUCUCCUGCCUGGCCCGGCCUGGGACACCUCCUCCCUGCCAGGAGCCAAUAAAAGCCAGCGCCGGGACCUUG